AUGAGCUCAUUACUCAACAUCCAGCGGGAAAUCAAAGAAGACGAUAUCCUCAACCUCAAUGUCACCAAUAUCGAACAGAUCGAAAAUCGACGGCAGUCCAACCAGUCGAUGGAUGCCCUUUAUAUCCUCUCCGCCCUUCCCCACAUCGUCGAUUGCGUUCUGGCCGAUUUUGAGAGGAAGAGAUAUAGGAAGUCAUAUCUGGUGUGGACGUCAUUUCUCGAUCCGGGGCUGCGCGCUAGGUUUGAUCGGUCGCAGAUGGUCCAAGAACAACUUGCAGGGUUUCAAACCAUCAGUAUCGACUACUAUCCGAGGGAAUCGCGCCUUGUCACGUUCCGAGAUCCGUGGAGUUUCCCAGUCCUGUUCCAUCCCGGCUGUAAUCAUUUGAUCCGGGAGCAUUUGUCAACGUUGGCGCACAAGGCUGUGUCCUUAUGCGCGACAUUAGGUGAAUACCCCGUGAUCAGAUACUAUCGGCCUAGGACACCCACCCAUGAAGCUAGUGUACUGUGCUCGCACUUGGCACGAUUUAUACAAGAAGAACUAGAUCAAUUCGCGCAGUUCAACCGAGGUUUUCCGCCUCCCUCUCCCAGGCCCCGUGGUGUGCUUCUGGUUGUAGAUCGAUCGAUGGAUCUAUUCGCGCCUUUGAUUCACGAAUUCACAUAUCAAUCGAUGGUUCACGACUUGCUGCCGAUUAAGGAGGGGGAUAAAAUUACAUACAAGAUGGUUGUGAACAAGGGCGCUAUCAACGAAGACGUGAAGGAGAUGGAACUCAACGACCAAGAUAGAAUCUGGGUCGAAUACAGGCAUAUGCACAUGAAGGAUGUGCUAGGAAAAUUGGGCGAAGACUUUGCCAAGUUCCGAGCAGCUAAUCCACAGUUCGCGGAAGGUAACGACAAGGCUGACGUGGGCAUGAUCAAAGACAUGCUGGCUGGUCUUCGCGACUUCCAAGCAGGCAGAGAUGCAUACACACUUCACUUGAACAUGGCUGAAGAAUGCAUGAAAUUCUUCCAGGAUCAUAAGCUCAUUGAGGUAAGCUCAGUUGAGCAGUGUCUCGCAACCGGCCUGGACGAGAAUUAUAAAAAGGCCAAGGGCCUGGCAUCACAGCUUGUACAGCUGCUAGAUGAUGACACUAUUAUCCACACCGACAGGCUGAGACUCUUACUGUUCUACAUCAUUUACCGCAACGGACUACUUCCCGGCGACAUCAGGAAACUCAUGGCCCAUGCCCAACUUCCACCGCAGGACGGAGGCGUUAUUUCCAAUCUCGAAUUACUCGGCGCCAGAGUCGAUAAGCCAUUAAAGGAUGACAAGCCGCCCGUACAGCCAUUGUUUAACAGGAAACCUCCCGUGGUGUCUGACUUGGAUGAAGGGAUUCUUUCCCGUUAUGAACUUAACGUCAAAAUGAUGUUAGAAGACGUUAUCAGAGGAACUUUGGACCCUUCCACUUUCCCACCUACACGUCCACCAACCGAUGCAGACGCCAUGACGGCGCAGCAGGACUCCUCCGCGCAAGCGUCUCUUCGAAGCGCAAAACCCACUUGGGCACGGACGCGCACGACGGGGGAGCAGCCACGGCAGCGCAUCAUUGUUUUUAUGGCUGGGGGUGCCACAUACGGCGAAGCACGAGCAUGCUAUGAGAUUUCCGAGGCCUUCAAGAAGGACGUCUUUCUCGCUACAUCUCAUAUGCUGACUCCGGGACUGUUCCUCCGCCAAGUCGGUGAUUUGAGCGCAGACAAGCGUCGUCUUGAUAUUCCCGCCGAGCGACCGAAGCCGACAGCCCCAGCCCAUCUGUUUGAGCGGGAUCCCCCUCCGCCUCAGCCCGCACCACAGAUGAAACCGACUCCUGCACCUGCACCUCCUACCGCGGCAAUGGGAGCGAUGUCUCUGGGACCGAAUCCUCCAAAGUCAUCUAGUUCAGGGAAGCCGCCGAAGGAGCAGAAAGAGAAGAAGAAGCACCGUUUCUUCAGGUAG